GACUAUGAUGAUGGACACGUCUCCUUUGAGCUCCUGCCAGACCGUCGGUGUGAGUGGAGUGUAGUUGAGAUUUUUGGGAGGCUGAGGUACUGGGACGUGCAUUAUUUUUUGGAGCAGAACCGAGCGCGAGUUCACGUUUAGGAAAAUCCGCAACACACUUAUCUUUGGAGAUUUAAACAGAUUGACCCAUCACCAUGACAACAGAAGCGGGCUCUGAGACAGAGGUGAAGGAGAAAGGAGAGGAGUCAGCUGCUCUGCCGGACCAAUCGGAGACGGCCAAGGAAGAGAGCCAGGAAGUAGCGAACGUUGAGGGAGAGGAGAAGGAAAAGGGGAAGGAGAAGGAAAAAGAGGGCAAAGGGAUAACUCGAUACUUGCCAACAUGGUUUAAGAAGCAGAAAUCUCAAAGCCAGACAUCUCCUACAAAGGAGGUCCCAGCAACAGAGGAACCCGUCAGCAAGGGGUUAGAGGGAGAGGAGGAGCCUGCCCCGGAGGUGAACGGCCACGCCGAGGAAGUGGAAGAGAAAGAGGAAGUGAAGUCAGAGGAAGUCAAGGAAGCAACACAGCCUGAAUCUAACUCCAACGCCAGUGCAGACACUGAGCCGCCGGCAAAGGAAGAGAAGGUGGAAGACACCACUGCAAAAAGUCCGGAGGAGACCAAAGAGACUACAGACGGAGAAGGAGCAGAGGAGGAGAAGAAGGAGCCAGAAGGACACGUAGAGGCUGAAACAGACGGAGGAGAAAGCCAGACUUCUAUUUUCCAGUCUCCUCUUCGCCUGGUGAGGAAGAAUAAGAUGAAGGUGGUGGUGUGUCAUGUUACCCUUCUGGAUGGGACUGACUUCACCUGUGAGGUGGAGCAGAAACGAGCUAAGGGGCAGUACUUGUUCUUCAAGGUGUGUGAGCACCUAAAUCUGUUGGAGAAGGACUACUUUGGCCUGACGUACAAGGACAACCAUGACGAGAAGUGUUGGUUGGACCCCACAAAGGAGAUUAAGAGACAAAUUCGCAGUAACAACUGGCAGUUUGCAUUCGGUGUCAAGUUUUACCCUCCUGACCCAUCACAGCUUACUGAGGACAUCACAAGGUACCUUUUGUGUCUGCAGCUGCGGGAGGAUGUUGCUUCUGGACGGCUGCCUUGCUCAUUCGUCACUCACGCUCUGCUGGGGUCAUACACAUUACAGGCCGAAUUAGGCGACCAUGAACCCGACCAACCUCGCCCUUUGGACUUCAUCAGUCAGCUGACUUUUGCGCCCAGUCAGAACAAAGAGAUGGAGGAGAAGAUUCUUGAACUCCACAAAUCCCACAGGGGAAUGACACCAGCACAGGCGGAUCUCCAGUUUCUAGAAAAUGCCAAGAAGCUGUCCAUGUACGGAGUGGACCUGCACCACGCCAAGGAUUCAGAAGGAGUGGACAUCAUGCUGGGUGUGUGCGCCAACGGACUCUUAGUGUACAAAGACAGGCUCCGGAUAAAUCGAUUUGCUUGGCCCAAAAUACUCAAGAUAUCGUACAAGAGGAACAACUUCUACAUCAAGAUCAGACCAGGAGAGACGGAGCAGUUUGAGAGCACCGUGGGAUUCAAGCUCCAGAAUCAUCGAUCUGCUAAAAGGCUGUGGAAGGUCUGCGUAGAAAACCACAGCUUCUUCAGGUUGAACGCGCCGGAGCCUCCUACCAAGGCCCGCUUUCUGACGCUGGGAUCCAAGUUCCGCUACAGCGGGCGAACGCAGGCCCAGACCCGGCUGGCCAGUUCCCUCAUAGACCGACCCGCACCCAGCUUCGAACGCACCUCCUCGAAACGCAUCAGCCGCAGCCUGGACGGAGCACCGGUGAUCAGCAUCACUGAGGCUGGAAGUGAGACAGCGGAGAACGGACGGGAUCACCGUCUAGAGCUUCACUCUGACUCCAAGGCUGAGGAGGUGGACUUGGGCCCUGUCGAUGUGGAAGCCAUCCCCUCCCAGCAACAGUCACCUGGACGUGCUGAGCCUGCCCCCUCUCAGGACCUCGAUAAGACCCAAGACGAGGUUCUGAAACACCAGGCUAGCAUUAGCCAGCUCAAGCGCUCCUUUAUGGAGGCUCCACCUCCCUCUCCUCCCCAGCCCAACCAGUGGGAGAAACGUCUCACCUCCUCUCCUGCUACGAUACGCGUCCAGCAGCAACAAGUGGUCAGUGUGCCGCAAACCGAAGCAGCUUCAGCUGAUAACACGAGCUCUGAAACCAAAGAACCUGCAAAGACCACCGAAGUUGAAAUCGAGGAAACUGUUGUCAUCCAAGAAGUUUCCAGAGCGCCCAAACUUGGGGUCGUCACAGUUACGGCUGACCUUCCUGCUGCCCCGCCCGCUGAGCACGAACCUCAGGACCAGAAAGUGAAGAUCGAAGAGGAAGCGGCGGUGGUGGAGGAAAUAAGCCCCGCGAAGCCGGAGAAGGCGUCCUCUGACAGCGAGAGUGAGGAGGAAGCAGAGUACCAUCCAAACGUUCCUGCAUCCAUCUCGCAAUCACAAAUACCAGAGGAGAAAGAAGAAGAAGAGGAGCAGAUGAAGGAGGAGGAAGAGGAGCAGAAGCAAGUGUCUGCUCCGGUUGUUCCAUCUCUUCCAGUGGAGGCCAGCCAGCCUGCAGAAUUAAUGAGUCAAGAAGAAGAAGAAUCUAAGAAGGAGGAGAUGCAGGUUGAGGAGAAGAAAGACGAUCAGGAGGAGAAAGAAAGCGGACGGGAGACGGAGGACAGCACAGAUGAUCCGAUGGUGACCCCCGAAGAGGAGCCGGAGGGCCUCGUGCUGCCCGAGGAGAGCGCAGAGGCCGGCCCCACCGAGGAGCCGGAGCAGCCUAAAAUGAACGGAGAAGCCUCGCUGGUGGAAGUGGAUCCCCGGCCGCAGGUUAUUUGUUGCUCUGAGCCGCCUGUGGUAAAAACAGAAAUGGUGACUAUAUCAGACACGUUUGCUGCCCAGAAAACUGAGAUAGCCACAAAAGAGGUGCCCAUCGUGCACACGGAAACCAAGACCAUCACAUACGAGGCCGCACAGUUGGAUGGUAAUGGUGAUGGUGAACCCGGAGUGUUGAUGACCGCUCAGACAAUCACCUCUGAGUCUUUGUGUACCACCACCACCACGCACAUUACCAAGACAUUAAAAGGCGGGCUCUCGGAGACGAGGAUUGAGAAGCGCAUCGUAAUCACCGGCGACUGCGACAUCGACCACGACCAGGCACUGGCACAGGCCAUUAAGGAGGCCAAAGAGCAACAUCCUGACAUGUCUGUUACCAGAGUGGUUGUUCAUAAAGAAACUGAACUGGCUGAGGAGGAGGAUUGACUGAAAUCAGGACUGAAAGACCAGCAGUGACCCUUACCUCUUCUGUCAACAUCUUCAUCACUUUACAACAACCAAGCUGCACUGCCAAAGGGAGAGAGGAAGAGGAGGAGCUCAAGAACAGGAGGAGGAAGAAGAGGGGGGAUUGAAGAUAUCACGCUCAUCCCAGAUGGUCUUUCAGACAUUUGUUAUGGUGCAUUUCAGUUUCUCGUUGCAAAAAGAGAAAAAAAAAAAUAUCCUCACUCUCUCUGAGGGAACAAAAAGAACCACUUUGUUAGCUUAACGUUCAUAGCUUCUAUUCUUUUAAAUUAGAGCGUAUUCUUUACCUGGUUUAUAUAUAAAAAAAGAGAGAGAGACACUAUAGUGUUUGUUGGGGUGUUGCGAAUAUCAAAUUAGGCUUCUGCUGAUCUCCAACAGGCCUGACAUUCAAGAAUACUUCAUCUACGUCUCUGUUAUUACAUCAGCAAAACUCUAAAAUGUCCCAAAAUUAUGUUGGCAUAAAACGAAGCCAAUGGCUUCAGACUGAAAUAGCCUCAAUCCAGGUCAUUUUGCUCUAAAGAAAGUUUUUUUGUUUUGUUUUGUUUUGUUUUUUAGUGAAUUCCUUUGAAAAUGAGUUUCAGUAAAUUACAGCUCCUAUUUUCCUUUAAAAAGGUGUAAAUGCAAAGAAAAAUAUUUAACUCAUUAAUUCGGUUUGAAGAACAUAAAAAUAAAUCUUUUAAAAAAAUUUUUACCUUGUAAAUCAAUCAAGGCAAGCUAUUUCACAUUAAUGCUUUUUUAUUAUUAUUAAUUACACGAUGGGAGGAGCUGUAACUUACACAUUGCAGUAAAUCAUCCAGGUUUUGGGAUUUUUUAAAAUGUUUUUUUUUUUUUGAUGUUGUAAAUGUAGCUUAUUCAUCCACAUUCCUUGUGUUGUUGCCAGCUGCUUAGUAAGUUCAUCUUCAGUUCAGCUCUCAUUUUAUUUCACCGACACAAGGUGACGUUUUGUCGCCCAUGUUUGCCGUGAAAUUACAUAAGCUUCAAAAGCAGAAUGUGAUGAAUUUCACAAAUCGACACCGAGGCGAAGUCGAACUGAAAAUAAGCAGAUUUCAACGCUGGUCGAUGCAUUUCUUGUACGGAAACGAAGACGAAGAAAAAUGAAGGUUAUUAAAAAAAAAUAAUAAUAAUAAGAGCAGCUUUUCAGUAGCUUAGCCCCUCGUCGGGUUCAUCUACUGUUCAACACUAACCGUUCCUGCUGGGCCCCAGGGGAACAUGGGAGAUUAAACUGACAUUUCUCUGGGAGAGACGACUGGUAAACUGGACGAUGAUUGGGAGAGUGCCAACCGAUACCUCGGGAGUAAAAACCAAUUGAAGCGGCGAUACAAGUUGGCCUUACUCUGUGCCGGUUCCAGCGCGGAGAUGCUUUGUUUUCAUAGAAUAUCUCCAGGUAAAAUUUCACUUCGUUUAAAUUGUUCAAAGCGAGACGCGGAGCAGCGACGGUACCAAAACGAAAACGACUUGAAACCAGUUCUGUCCCAGAUUCACACUAAUGCAACUUCUACACGUUCGCUGUAACUACAAACCUGCUUAUUGCCGUAGUUCUUCACUGUUCACGCCCGGCUACUUUUCAUAUCCUUUUCAUAUCUUGCUGCACUUAGCACUGAGAAAAAAAAGCCUGUUAAAAGACGAUGAAGCAUAUGGGAUUGAAUCACGCAUGCUUUCACCGUUUCUUUUCUGUCAACUUCAGCCAGCUUAGAACAGGCUGACGGUGUCUGUGACUGGUUUAGGUUUAGGUUAUCUGUACUGAAAUAAUCUGACUCCACCAUGCUGCUGGAUGUGUCGUAGCUGGUUUAGUGCAACCAAACAGCGGUUCCCAUUGCACAAAAUACUAGAGGGGUAAAACAGUCGGCACAACAUCAUAAUGCAGCUUAAAGAGGGAGGAGGUUAGAGGGCCUGAAGUGCUCUUUAAACCCACAAUGAAUUUCUAUGUUGUCUUUUUCACAUUUUUGUAGAAUGACACCAAAUAACGCCGUUUUUAUUCUGAGAAGCUUGAAGAAAAGGCUUUGUUGUUCAAGUAGACUCUUCUGAGAAAACAUGUUCCACUUCUCUUUAAUUGGACCUUUUUAAAAGUUAUGUUUAAAGGAAUACAACUUUUUAUAAACAUCCAGUCUGGAAAGUGUAACAUGUCCAGUGGACUGUGAGGCCAAAGGUGGAAAAGAAACAAACAAAAAAAAACAACAACUUUCUAAACACCGGUCUUACUUCAACUAUGCAGCUAAAUAACAUUCCACGCGGGGAGGGAGCUUUGACUUCUAAUCCUCUUGCAAAACAGAAGAAAAAAAAUAAACGUGAAAAAAAAAAAAUAAAUAAAAACACUCAUCUCUAGGCAGCUUUGGAAGCGACCGCUGCUCCACAUAGGAAAAUCUCAUUAAAUAAAUCUGUAAUGCCACAUCGGCUCUCAUGGUUUGUCUUUUCUCCGUGAAACUGGUCUAGUAGUUGGGAGGGUGGGGUCUGUCGCUCCACCGUCCUGCUUAUUUGUAAUAUUGCCACUGUGUAUUUUGUUGGUGAAGAAAAACCACUACAGAUCAACUUGUUUUGCCGCCUUUUCUCUGCUUCUGGUUCAGGGCUUUUCUCUUUGAACCCACCGCAGGAGGUUUAGGGGGAGGCGAGGUUGACUUUUCCAAAAUGUUUGUAGCUUUAAUAAAAAAAAUUUUUUUUUCAGAAUUUUAAUCUUUUAUUCAGAUUACGAAGCUGAUGAUCAUUACCAGCUGAUUUUAAAUUUGUCAGGGAUUUUAACUAAAACGUCUUUAUGAUCAGAUUAUUGGAGAAAUCGCAUUCUCAGGCUUUAUUCCACACAAUAACAGCACAUUUUUUUCUAUCUCGUCUAACAAGAAAUAAAUCUAACACUUUUAUGAAGACGGACAUUUUGAAGAAAUUAACCAGCCACCCCUUUGCUUCCUGCUACCAACACAUCACUGGUAGGUUGUUUAGUCUAGCUGCAUAAUCGUGUCGUCUCCUCACACGCAGCCACUCCUCACCCCUGUUUAACACUGUUCCAAUAAACAAUUGUUAUACUCUGAAACACUUCCAGUCGUCUUUUUUUUUCCCCAGGCACUUAUUUUAUUGAUAUUAAAACCUAAAUAAUACAAACCGACGGACAUAAGCUGAGAACUGUGUAGAAGAUCAGUAUCACACAUAAUAUUAACAUUACAGCAUCCAAU